AUGGUAGCCCGGUAUCUCUACAAAAAGAUAUUUGUGAUGGGAAGGCUGAAGUACAUUAAGAAACCUUCUGAGGAUUGGGAGGCACCCUCUAGGAAGGCCAUGAUGGAGAGACUUGAAUCGGAGACAUUUGAUUUGGUGAUAGUUGGUGGGGGGAGCACAGGUGCAGGAUGUGCGCUUGAUGGAGCAACAAGGGGACUGAAAGUAGCCUUAGUAGAGGCCUUGGACUUUGGAUCAGGAACCAGCUCAAAGUCAACCAAACUUGUGCAUGGAGGAGUAAGAUACCUUGCAAGUGCUGUCAGCAACUUGGACUGGUCACAAUAUAGGCUGGUUUGGCAGGCAUUGGACGAGAGAAGCACCAUGUUCAAGAUAUCACCGUACCUUACAAAUAGCAUUAAGAUAUUGGUUCCUAUAUACAGUAGGAUACUUAUUCCUUAUUACUAUCUUGGACUCAAGCUUUACGAUUGGAUCUCAGGGCUGAAGUCAUUAGGAAAAAGCUAUUUUAUUGGUAGGAAAGAGGCUAUAGAUGUAUUCCCUCAUGUUAACAAGAAGAACCUUUGUGGGGCAAUGGUUUACUUUGAUGGGCAACAAGAUGAUGUUCGAAACAAUGUGAUGCUUGUGAUGACUGCAGUUUAUCAUGGAGCAGUGGCAGUGAACUACUUAUCUGUAAACUCAUUGGUUACUGAAGAAGGAAAGAUUACCGGGGUCAGAUGCAGAGACUCGAUUACGGGGUUUGAGAUUGAAAUUAAGAGUGCAGGGGUCAUAAACAGCACAGGGAACUUUGCAGAUGGCUUAAGAAAAAUGAAUGAUGGCAAUGCAAAGGAGAUCAUGAUCCAAAGCUCUGGAACACACAUCGUUAUUCCAAAGGAGUAUGCACCUAAGGAGAUGGGGUUUUUGGAUCCUCUUACGGGUGACAACAGAAUAGCCUUUUUCAUGCCAUGGAUGGGGAAGACUCUUGUAGGAUCUACUGAUGUUAAGUCAAAGAACGAGGCCUCACCUUCCCCAACAAAGGAGGACUUGGAGUUUCUGGUGCAUGAGGUUAGAGCCUAUACCUCCCAGAAUCCAAAUCUUAAAAAGGAUGAAGUCUCAGCCAUAUGGACAGGAAUAAGACCUCUUGUCAAGGAUGUUGAAGUUUCCGAGACAAGCUCGAUUGUUAGAAAACAUUUUGUACAAGCUGAGAAGAAUGGGCUUCUGACGGUUACCGGAGGUAAGUGGACGAUAUACAGGAAGAUAGCCGAGGAUGCCAUAGAUUUGGCUGUAAGCACGUUUUCCCUGAAGCCAAAGGGACCAUGUGUGACAAAGUAUGUCCAAAUACUUGGAGCCAAUGGAUAUGGCGAAGACACUUGGAUCUCUGUGCAAAAAAAGCUGAAUGUGCCAAAGGACGUUGCAAAAAGGCUUGUAAGAUUCUAUGGGACCAAUGCCUUAAAGCUUUCUAAAUAUAUCAAGAAAGACAGGAAGAAGCUUUUGUCUGUGAAAUACUCCUACUUCAGUGAGGAAGUAGAGUAUUGUAUAGAUAAUGAAAUGGCAGUCCGGAUAUGCGAUGUACUCUGCAAUAGGUUGAUGAUUGGAUUGAUGGAUGUAAAGGAAGCUUAUGGAUGCAUUGAAAAAGUUCUUGAGACUUUCAAAAGAAAGCAUGGAUGGGAUGCAGACAGAUGUAAUCGCGAGGAGGUAGAUGCCAUAAGAAUGCUCAAUACAUAUGGACUAAAGAUCCUGAGAGAAGACCUUCAAGAUGACUCUUCCUUACAGAUUGAAUGUCCUGGAGGGAAAAAACAUAAGAACAACCUCAAUACUUCAACUGCAAAAUAA